AUGGCGGACGCCGGCGAAGACACCACGCAUGUCCAGGAGCCUCUUGACCUCGUCAAGCUCCUGCUCGACGAAAUGGUUUUCGUCAAGCUGAGAGGUGACCGUGAGCUUAAGGGCAGACUUCAUGCAUACGACAGUCAUUGCAACCUUGUUCUGGGUGAGGUCGAGGAGACCAUCUAUGUGGUGGAUGAGGAUGAAGAAGAUGAGGAAGUGAAGGUGAGAAGGCUCGAUGAGCUUGAUGUCUCUUCAAAUGCUGACAGCAUAUCGCAGACCAUCAGCAGAAAGUCGGAAAUGCUCUUUGUUCGUGGUGAUAGCGUGGUUCUCAUCUCGCCUCAAACGUCCUCAUAA